AUUUUCAGGGGAGACGUUCGGUUCAUAUAAUCAGCAUACAAGAUUCAAGAGAGAGUUCAUUCAGUUUGGUGUUCCCAUGUUUGAGCUUAUAAAAGUAGACGAAACCAAAAGGUAUAUUGAGCCAAUCCCUGCUAUACUCCAAGAUCUAAUCGAUAAAACAAUUCAAUGGAAAUAUAUUCCAGAAGAUAUGAGACCGAAUGGCUGCAGAAUUAACUUCUUUGACGAGGGAGAAUAUUCACAUCCUUUUGAGAAACCACCUCACUUGGAGCAAUCUAUUUCCAUCUUACUCCUCUCUAAAUCAAAACUUGCUUUUGGCCACAAGCUUAUCGGUGACAUUGUAGCUGAUGGUAAAGGAAAUUAUAGAGGAGGUUUCACAUUUAAUCCUUUCCCGGAAGGGUAUGUAUUAACUAACUAUCCAUUUUCAUACUCGUGUAUAGAAUUAUACAACAAUCUGAUUCUAGUUGGAAUAUGGUUUCUCAGGCAUUUUUUAGUCAUGAAUGGAGAAAUUUCAGAGUCAACGCACGCAAUGUGCACCUUACCCAUCAAAAGGAUAACUAUUACUUUCUUCAAAGUCCGGACAUAAGGAUUGUUGUCAAGCUCUUGCCCGUAAUUCUUGUAAAUGAUUGAUUGAGGAUUUUGUCAAGUUCCUAGUUAGGCCAAUUCAUUAUGUAUAAAUAUGGGGAUGAUUACUUCAAUUUUGAUUUUAGUCUCUAUAUUAUUUAUCCCACUAUUUCAGUCCUCAAACUAACAAGUUUUCUUCAAUUUUAGUAUGCCGUUACAUUUGGGUAUUCAUUUGGAUGGGAAAGUCGCGUGUUUUGCAACGACUUCAAUUCCUUUUUAUCUUUAGUUUUUUUUAAUUUAGCCCAUAUUUCACUUUAUUCCUCCAAUCUUAAUGUAGUUUAAAUCGCACACAUUCUGUUCUUCACAUUCCUUUCUUUUUUUUUUUUUUUUUUUUUUUUUUUUUUUCUAAUUUCUCCCUUAUUGGCGAAGUAAGGUCACAUGAUAAUUGCAUGAAUCAAGAAAUUAUUGCAAUGAAAUUUGGGGUAAAUUGUAGGAAUGACGUGGCAUCAAGGCUAAAUUAAUAAUAUAGGUAAAUAUGGGGGUAUUUGCACUCGGCUCCCCUGUGAAAUGUCUAAUUGGCAAAAAACAUCUCGGAUAAAAAAAUUAG